CUAUCGGACAUAUUUCACUGAGCGCCCCCAUAUGUCAUCAUACAAAUGCUACCUGUUAGCCUGUUUCAUAGUAUUGUUGUAAAGUUAUUAAGAGCGUAGUUUAUUUUUUUGUCACCUUAGCACAUGUGAUAUAUUAUUCAUAUUCAAAAAAGGUGUCUCGUUAAACUCACACGGUCUCUCCAGCAGUGUCAGUCGGUAUUCCUUUGCGUUAGCUCAGGGCUAACUGCUACAUUGACAUCUAGAAACUUACAUGCGUCUGCCACCGCUGCCAUACUUGGACGGUAGAUCAUCUGCAAUCAAGAACAGAGAGAGAAGACAUCAUGGAGCUCCAGGCGGUGCUGAUGGCAGCUGGGGGCGGUUCGCGUAUGACGGAACUGGCAUACAACACCCCCAAACCCAUGCUACCUGUUGGCAACAAACCCCUAAUGUGGUAUCCCCUGAACCUGCUCGAGAGAGUAGGUUUUGAAGAGGUCAUAGUAAUAACCACCAAAGACGUCCAGAAGAUGAUGAGCACAGACCCUAGAAUGAAGCCGGACGUGAAGAUGAAAAUGGAGGUGGUCUGUGUCCCGGAGGACGGAGACAUGGGCACUGCUGAUGCUCUCAGACACAUUCACCAGAAGAUAAAGACUGACGUCCUCGUGGUUAGUUGUGACCUCAUAACCGAUGUAGCUCUCCAUGAGGUGGUCGACCUUUUCAGAGCCCACAAUGCAACACUGGCCAUGUUAAUGAGUAAAGCCCACGAGUUCACAGAGACGGUGCCGGGACAGAAAGGGAAAAAGAAGACAGCUGAGCAGAGGGACUUUGUCGGUGUAGAUCAGUCAGGGAAGAGACUACUCUUUAUGGCCAAUGAAGCGGAUCUGGAGGAUGGACUGUCGGUGAGAAAGUCUAUCAUAACAAAACAUCCCAGGAUGCACAUCAAAACGGGCCUGGUGGACGCUCAUCUCUACUGUCUGAAAAAAGCUGUUGUUGACUUUCUUACAGAAAACAAGUCCAUUUCAUCAAUUCGUGGAGAGUUAGUACCAUAUUUAGUGCGCAAGCAGUUUUCCAAAACCACUAACAGUCAGAAAGUGAAAGAAGAUUCUGAGGAUCAGACCCAGAAAAAGAAUGUAAAUCAUACAAACCAUGAGCUUCUCAUCUCAUCACGGGACGAGUCUCUUCUCCAGUUGGCUCAGGAACGGUCCUGCUGGAAUGAUCACCGCGGUGACAUGAGUGAGGCUUACCACGGAGGAAAGCUUCGCUGCUACGUUCACAUUAUGGACCAGGGCCUGUGCUACCGUGUUAACACACUCGCUGCUUACAUAGAGGCUAACCGACAGGUCCCAAAGCUGUUUGAGGAGCCAGCAGUUCACCCAUCUGCUGCCAUUUCUGAGAGAUGUCAGGUGGGCUCAGACAGCCUCAUUGGAGCUCAGUGCCAGAUAGCAGAUAAGACGUCCAUAAAAAGAUCCACCAUUGGAAACUCUAGUACAGUGAAAGAGAAGGUCAAAAUCACCAACUCCAUCAUCAUGCAUGGAGUUACCAUAGAGGAAGGAUGCAACAUCCAAGGCAGCGUAAUCUGCAGCAAUGCAACCAUUGGCAGGGGAGCAGAUCUUAAAUACUGUCUGGUUGGAAACGGACAGCGAGUCGAGCCAGAAGCUGAGCGAACAAAUGAGGUCAUCGUAGGAAGGGCCCAACUGAUGGAGUUCUUGCUCAAUUAAUGAAAAGGAGCAACGGUAGACUGAGACAGCUGACUGACCAAUCAGAAGCCUGGAAGCUGACAGACAGUCUAAAAGUUUGGGAUUUUUUUUUUUAUGA